ACGGCGGGAAGGGGCGGCCUGAGGGGUAGUGGUGGCGGCUGCUCGGUGCUUUGAGGGGAGGCGAGCCCGAGGCUGGUUGGGGACGGGGAGAGGAGAGAAGAGGGUCAUCAUCUCCCCCCGCAGCUCCUUUCUGAGACGCUAUUUUAAGUGUUAUAUUGAAGCCAAAUCAGCAAAAUUGCAUGAUAUAUAAAUAGAGAUUGAUCAUGAAGACCUUUUGCGGAAGGGCUAACCCGACCACUGGUGCCAUGGAGUGGUUAGAAGAGGAUGAGAACUACGACUACCAUCAGGAAAUUGCAAGAUCACGCUACGCAGACAUGCUUCACGAUAAAGACAGAAACAUGAAAUAUUACCAAGGUAUUCGUGCUGCAGUGAGCCGAGUAAAAGAAAGAGGUGAAAAAGCAAUUGUUCUCGAUAUAGGGACUGGCACAGGACUCCUGUCUAUGAUGGCAGCUUCAGCAGGUGCAGAUUUCUGCUAUGCAAUUGAGGUUUUCAAGCCCAUGGCUAAUGCAGCUGUGAAGAUAGUGGAGAAAAAUGGUUUUUGUGACAAGAUCAAGGUAAUCAACAAGCACUCCACUGAAGUCACAGUUGGGCCAGAUGGAGAUAUGCAGUGUCGUGCGAAUAUCCUGGUAACAGAAUUAUUUGACACAGAGCUGAUAGGAGAAGGUGCCUUACCAACAUAUGAGCAUGCGCACAAAUACCUUGUACGGGAAGGAUGUGAGGCAGUGCCUCACAGGGCAACAGUGUAUGUCCAGUUAGUGGAAUCCAAAAGAAUGUGGUCCUGGAACAAACUGUUUCCUGUUUGUGUCGAAGCAGAGGACGGUGAAAAAAUUGUCGUUUGCCCUUCAGAAAUGGAGAACUGUCCAGGUGUUCCUUCUGUUUGUGAUAUCCAGCUGAACCAGAUGCCUUCAAAUGACUUCACUGUCCUUAGUGAUGUGGUGACAAUGUUCAGUGUGGAUUUCAGUAAGCCUGUAAGCAGUGCUUCUACCUACUACAGAGUGCAGCUGGAGCCUGUAAAAUCUGGCAAGGCACAAAUCGUACUUUCUUGGUGGGAUAUUGACAUGGACCCCUCCGGGACGAUAAAUUGCACAAUGGCUCCAUACUGGGUAAAAUCCACUUCUGCUUUCCAGUGGAGAGAUCACUGGAUGCAGUGUGUGUAUUUUCUGCCAAGUGAGGAGCCAGUUCUCCAGGGUGAGAAGGUGUACCUGACUGCCUGUCGUGAUGAGUACUCUGUGUGGUAUAAGCUGCAGAAAGCCAGAGGAGAAGACAAUAAAGCAGAUGUUUGUGUUGAGAGUCCAGUUUGUAGAUGUCAGGCUCACCUUCUUUGGAAUAGACCACGCUUUGGAGAAUUAAAUGAUCAGAACAGAACACGCCAGUACAUCAAGUCUUUGAUGAAUGUUCUGAGAACAGAUAGUGUUUGCCUUUGUAUCAGUGAUGGCAGUCUGCUGCCUGUGCUGGCUCACUAUCUUGGAGCAAAGCAGGUAUUUACAUUAGAAAACUCUGCAGUGUCCCAUUCUGUCAUGGAGAAAUUUUUUAAGGCAAAUCAUCUUGAAGAUAAAAUCAAAAUACUAGAAGCACGUCCUGAGUCACUGACAUCAUCUCAUUUGGAAGAUAAAAAGAUUUCCGUUCUUGUUGGAGAGCCGUUUUUCACUACAAGUUUGUUGCCGUGGCAUAACCUGUAUUUCUGGUAUGCUAGGACAGCUGUGUGCAAGCAUCUUGCCAGCAAUGUCACUGUCCUGCCUCAGUCUGCUUCUUUGCACAUGAUGAUUGUGGAGUUUCAGGACUUAUGGAGAAUCCGGAGUCCUUGUGGCAUCUGUGAAGGUUUUGAUGUCCGGACUAUGGAUGAUAUGAUUAAAAGUUCUCUGGAUUUUAGGGAAUCCAAGGAAGCAGAACCUCACCCUUUGUGGGAAUAUCCUUGCAAGUCACUUUCUGACCCCCUGGAAGUUUUGAUAUUUGACUUCAGAGAGACUGUACCACAACACUGUCUCAGCACAGAGGGUUCUGUAAAUCUUUUACGGAAGGGAAAAAGCCAUGGAGCAGUUUUGUGGAUGGAGUAUCAUCUUACUGCUGAUAUCUCAGUUAGUACAGGACUGAUGCAGAUUUCAAACGAAAAGGGAAACUGUGAAUGGAAUCCCCACUGCAAGCAAGCUGUCUAUUUCUUCAGUUCUGUUAUUGAAUCAGAAACUCUGGCAGACCUUCCUAGUGCUGUCACAUAUGCUAUAAAUUUUGACACAAAGACAGGAGAUAUUGCAAUGGAUUUUAAACUAUUAUAAAAUACUUCCCUUUUAUUUCUAAAUUAUAAUAAACUGAUACAGUAUACUUUGUA